AUGCUGUUGUAAAAUGUGAGUGAAUGUGAAAGUGUACUAAUAAUUGCAUUAUGCAAUGUGAUGACUGUUUUCCAGUGAAUGAAAUAGUCACUUAACUCCAAAAUCACCAUCGCAUUAUUACAUUAUUGAUACAUGUUUACAAUUUACGUAUCUUUUGUUCCAUAAAUUGAAAUGAAAUAAUUGUGAUUCACCAAUCAUUUGUUUUAUAAAUUGAAAUGAAAUUACACUAUUCUUUUCACAGCAUAUUGUCCGAAAUACAAAACACCCGAAACAUGCAAAAAUGCAGCAACAAUGAAUGAAAAAUGCUUCUGGUGUGGAAAGGUUAACAAAUGCAUUGAAAGUAACGAUCACGAAACUCAUGACUUAAAAGUUAAUGAUUGCCGUGUCGAGAAGAUCUCCGAGGUUAAUGAAUUGAGUACACCAACACCCACUAUUUUAAUUGAAAGCACUUUGAUGAGCUCCGAAGUUCAGUUAACUGAAAACCUCAAUGAAACUACCGAGGGAGGCGAUCAACACUCGAAUGUCACAGUUGAAAUAGGCAGAGUGGAAAGUCAGAGCAAAUCAUCUGUCUACUUAUAUAUCGUGAUACCAUUAUUCGUAUCAUUAUUUAUUGUGUGUAUCUGUGGUAUUGUUUGGAGAUACUUCUAUUUAAAAAGAAGAAGCAAUGAAUGAUUCAUAGAAGCAUCUCAUAACUCAUUUGAAAUAUUCUGACACGGUUUUUUCUAUUUGCUGUUUCAUUUGUAAACCUUAGAUUUCAUUAUUCGUUUCUAUAAUUUGUUGAAUUUCUUCAUGGAAUUCUGAUAGUUGAUUAUGUGAUAACCGAUGCACUUUUAUUGAUUAAAUAAUGAACUCAGUUUUUAUGAAUUA